AUGUUCGCUUUUCUACCGAGUAUCACUUCUCAUCGUCUGUACGUUUCUGGAAAAGAUGGGCUUCGUACGAGUACGCUCAAGACUGAGUCGGCUCGGUUGCAGACUCGGGUUGGGUGCCGCUCGCGCCCGGCGACGUUGCGCAUGGUCGCUGCCGAGAAGAAGGUACCGGUGAAUCUCUAUAAACCGAACGAUCCUCUUAUCGGGACCUGCAUUUAUAACAAGAAGAUUGUUGGGGACGACGCACCGGGCGAUACAUGUCACGUCAUCAUUCACCACGACGGCAAGCUGCCGUACCUCGAGGGGCAGUCUGUGGGCAUCAUCCCCGAGGGCACCGACGAGAAGGGUCGCCCGCAUAAACUUCGUCUCUAUUCGAUAGCCUCCACUGCCGCUGGUGACUUUGGAGACUACAAGACGCUGUCACUCGUGGUGAAGCGCUUAGUCUAUACGAAUGAGAAAGGAGAGGAGGUUCGUGGCGUUUGCAGCAACUACCUGAACGAUAUCAAGCCGGGCACUCCAGUGAAGAUGACCGGCCCCGUGGGUAAGGAGAUGCUUAUGCCGGACGACCCGAAUGCGACGAUCAUUAUGCUGGCCACGGGAACGGGCAUUGCGCCUUUCCGUGCCUUUAUGCGAAAGGCCUUCGUCGAGAAACACGCAGACUAUCAGUUCAAGGGGAAAAUGAUCCUUUACCUGGGUGUGCCAACGUCGUCAUCGCUGCUCUACCGAGAUGAGCUCGAAGAGAUGAAAGCGAAUGCGCCGGACCAGGUCGAACUCCACUACGCCAUCAGCAGGGAAAUGAAAAACAAACAAGGCGGAAAGUAUUACCUGCAAGACGCAAUGGCCGAGCGUGGUGAGGAAAUCUGGCAACUGCUGCAGAAGGAUAACACCUACGUCUACAUGUGUGGCUUGAAAGGAAUGGACUCGGGCAUCGAUGCUUUCAUGAAAGAUCUCGCGGCAAAGGAUGGCGUAGACUGGGCGACUUUUAAGAAGCAGCUGAAGCAACAGCAUCGCUACAAUGUGGAGGUAUACUGA